UCAAUGUCAAUCAUCGUUAAGUCAAAAUCAACAUCAACAACAAAACAUUUUUGGGAAAGUUAUUUUAUUUGCUAAUAAAAUAAAACAUUUACCUACUAAAUGCAUGCAAUUGCAAAACCCGUUGCGAAAUCAAAGAUGCUGCAAAUCAGUUUUUAAAUUUUCGGUAUAUAAGAAGUUUUAGCUUUUAUUGCGGAAACUAAAUGAUUCACCAAUGUUUUGUGUACUUAUGUCGGAGUAUAAAAUGAGCAAUGGAAACUAGUAACAAGUCCCGAACACCCAGCCGUUGUCGUGAAUGGGAACGUCAAAGGCGUAAUAAGUUCAAUGAUGCCAUUGCAAAGCUAGGAGAAAUUGUAAAAUCUAUUAUAAAGUCAAAUGAUACUACAAUUAAAGAUGCAGAAAACAUUCAGUAUCCUAAAAUCGAAAUCAUACAGAAAGCAAUAUCAUGUCUCAGUAAUUGUCUGCAGGAAAAGACACAAAUGAAAACAGAAAUACUAGCUCUGCAAGUGAAGCUUGAUGCCUAUGAGAAUAAGAAAAAUAAUGUGAGUGAUGCAUCUACACAAGUUUUUUGUAUUGGAAUCAACAGGAAAAAACAAAACAAAAAGCCUGGCAAGUUAAUUACUUUGCAAAAAUCAAAAUGUAAUGCUUUGAAAGAAAAGUCAAUUUUAACCACAAAUGUUAAGGUGAAAUCAAAUGCUACAGAAUCGAUAUUAAAAGAAUCUACUCAGAGAGUGUCGAUACAAAAACUUCCAAUUUUGUUACCUAAUCUCAACAAAGAUAAAAAAGGACCAGAUAACACAAUAGUAGUUUUACCAGCGGCUCCAUAUAUCUUCCAGCAAAGGCCGAUGCUAUUUCCGGCUCUUCCACCUACUAUAGUAUUGGUUGAUCAAAACUUACAACCCAUUAGUAAAACGCCUAUUCCUAUAGUUAACAGAAGUAGUAGUGACAUUACAAAGACUACUAUGGUUAAUAUUUUACCAAUAUCAGCAUACUCCCGUCCCUUGUCAGCCACCAAAACAAAAAAAAGUAAUUUAAAAUCUAAAACUGAUAGUAUUAAAAAGAUUUCUAAGAAAUCUAAAUCGGGCUUCAAAAUCAAUAAAGAAAUAGUGGCCAAAGACGUUAAUGUUUUUGAUAUGUCUAAAGAAACUAUCAAAAACGAUAAAAAUGAUGACAAAAAUGAUAAUACAAACAAAGCAAAUCUGUCUGAAAAUAAUAACUUAAUUAUUGAAGACAUUUCUGAUAUUGAAGCUCCGGUGAAAGAAGACACUGGCUCCAAAGACGUUAUUAAAACUAAAUUAGGACCAUCAAGUAAUAUUGCAAUUAAUAUCAGCGUAAAUGUAAAAGUAACAGAAGGUGGGGACAAUAUUAAUGUAACUGAAAUUCCAAAAUGCUCAGUACAAGACAUUACAACUACGGUUGCAUCAGUUUUAAGUACUGCUACUGAGAAAACAUCUACUGUUACCCAAUCUAUUUGUUCCAAAGCAAAUCCAAGUACCAAAUUCAAUAAAGUAUCGUCAGAAAAAGAUUCGGUAGUGGAAGAUAAAGAUAAGGAAAAUAAAUUGCCUACUAUUUUAGAUUCAGCUUUAUGUGAUACAGUCGUAGAUGCUGGGAAUGCUCGAUUAGAAUUAGCCGAAGAAUUUUUAGCAGCUUCACCUACUGCUGCUUUUCUUAUGUCUUUUCCUUUAGUGAGCGGCAAUAGAGCAGAUAGUCCUGCAGAAGAUCCUCAAAAUACUUUACACUCUAAUUUAAAGGAAAACACUCCACGAAGAAUUGAAACAACACAACAGUCAGUUUCAUUUUAUGAAAAGCCAACUUCUACUGAUAUGAAAAAACAAAUCAAUAAAGUUCCACCGCAAUCUAACAGUACAAAUAAACAAAAUGUUCAAACUAAAGAAAGUGGAAAUAAAAGUACAGGUGCAUCUGCAAAUCCAAGUGUCUCCAAUGACAAUCCAUUUUUGAAUUUACAUAUGUCGUCACUAAUUUCAACAAAUUGCACAAUUUCAGACACUAAUUUUGGUUUAGAUUUUGAUUGCAAUAUAAAUAAAACUAUUCCUAAUACGUCCACCAAUUAUGCUACUAGUGGAAACUUUUUCUAUAAAAGUGACCCUUUUAGCACAGUUAAAAGUACGAUUUAUAGCACAAGUAGUAUAUCUUCUGGACACGAAUUUAAUACCCUGGGGUUAUAUCCCUGUGCAAUGGAAAAAUAUACUAAUAAAAAUAAAGCAGAUUAUACAACUGUAGAAGAUAAUCUGAUGAAAAUAGGAUCAUCAAGGUUAACAUACGACAUUGACUUAGGUUGGUCUCAUAAAGGAUUUGACUUCGUGGGAUGUACUACUACGGCCAAUACCUUUAAUAAAGAUAAUAUUUUAACCACGGUUUCAUCGUCCUAUUCUAACUCGUAUCCUUUCAACUCAGAAUUCCACAUACCUUUAGUAGCAAACUCAAACAAGAAAGAAAAUGUUUAUAAUAAACCCAGUUCUUCUUUUACUGACACUAUCAAUAACUUUUACUCUCAGCCUACAAGCCUUUGGCCGGAUGACGCACCUUUUUAUACCACUAAUAGUAUUUCAAAAUCAACCAAACAGAAUAACUAUUUACAUUUAGAUCAUAUAUCGGCGAAUACUACUCAAAAAUCUAACAAUAGGCAUUAUAAUGCUAAAAUGAUUCCUGAAAGUGGAGUCGAAGGUGGAGCAAAGUCUAAUACAGCAAAUACAGGAGCACAAGUAUCUGAAAAAUAUACGAAGAAGUCGCCAAGUAAAAUGCAUAUAAACUGGAUGACUUCCGAGAUUAGACCAAUGCAAAAUAAUUACAUCUCAAAUCAUACAAUUUUGAAAGAAAGUCAGAAAACAUACGGCCAAACAGUACAGACAGAAGCAGUUACCAAAAAGCUAGAACACAGUGAAAGUAACUUCUUCCCUCUGGCAAUGCAUAGCUUUUCUUCUCAAAACACUCUAGAGGAAUUACAAGCGUGGCCGACGACAAGACCAGUCGGUCCUACAGAAAUCAGUAUUGAACCGCCACCUAUUAAUUUACCUACCUUAGUAGGAGAUUUAGCAUUAGGGCCCCAUGAUAAAAAGAAACAUUCUGAUCUGUCAAGCAGAGGAGUUCCAUCUCAAGCAGAUGCCCAAAAUUGCGGUAACUUCCUCUCUGUUACUCAGAUAAUGAAUCGAUCUUCUGAAAAUAUGGCGUCUCGGUACCAAGCUCCUAAUGCAGAUCCACCAAAAGUGAUUCAAAAUAAACAAACAACUUCACAUUUCACAAAUGACUCUAGUCGCAAAACCAUGCAUACUCGUUUAGAUAAUCAGCCAGCGCAGCCAUGCUAUGUUUUUAACGAACCGAAAGUUGAUAAUUCCUACGAAAAUAUGACUCAAUAUGCUCACAAUAAAUCGAAAAGUAACAAAACUGACAAAAAUACUAAAACGCAAAAGAAUAAUUACUCAGCAGAAGCUUUAAUUCGAGGUGGAUCUUGUUCACAAAGAGUACACGAUAACAGUAUAAAAUUUAUAACUUCCGCGCAGAAAUAUAAUAAUUUCAACUCCACCCAAGAUAAUACCAUAGCUCAAGUUUCACAUUUCCCUCCCAUCUUAGAUUACAGUGACAAUAGCUAUACUGGACAGCAAUUUUCUGGGACCACUUUAUAUAAUACUACCAAUACUAUCUCUAAUUCAUUUUAUUCUAAUUUUAUGCCUGGAAGUAGUAAUUUGAUGUCCGGUAAUUAUACGGGCGGACCUUUUCCUGGUGAUUUCAUGGAUUAUAAUCAAACAGAAUGUAAUUAUACGAAUCACAAGUACGAAGAAUUGAAGAUGAGAAAUAAUGUACCGGGAUUCCCACAAGAUAAACCGCCUUCAACUUUCAAAAGUUCCAGAAGAGACCCUGCAGCUAAACACAAAAUUGAGUGUUCAAAAAAAGAUUCCAAUAAGAAGUAUCAAAGUAAGCGUACAAAAGUUAAUGAAUCUGAGGAAUGGAAUGAACAGUCUCAUAUUUUAUGGCAAAAUAAAUCGGCCAGUAAGAGACACACACAUUUGGCAACAAUGGCAGAAGAAUUGCCAUUUCCAAACUAUGUCAGCAACCAAAUGCCGGGCCAGUAUCAGCCAGAUUUAUUUAACAGUCAUUUGAUGCCAGCGAACGUGCAGAGUGUAGGUCACAAUGUGGACCGAUCACUGUCCGGUUUUCCAGUCACAUCGCGCGCUAACUUCAAUUUGAGCACUAUAUUUCCUGAAAUUACUAUGAAAGUGCAAUAAGUAUCUAUCAUCUCACUGCAAAAUUUGUUUCACCAUCUUGCAAGAUAGUGCCACUGUGAUUAAUGUAUUUGGAAUAUUUUAUAUAAUAAUAUAUGUUAUUAAAUUA